AUGGCCGCGUCCACCACGUCCAUCUGCUCCAGCAACCUGAGCUACGGCAGCCGGGUCUGCCUGCCCGGUUCCUGUGAUUCUUGCUCUGACUCCUCCUGGCAGGUGGACGACUGCCCAGAGAGCUGCUGCAAGCCCCCCUGCUGUUCCCCCAGUGGCUGCACCUCAGCCCCCUGCCUGACCUUCAUCUACACCCCAGUGAGUUGUGUGCCCAGCUCUUGCCAGUCAGUCUGCUCCAGCUCCUGUACACCCUCGUGCUGCCAGCAGUCUGGCUGCAAGCCGGCAUGCUGCACGUCCUCCCCCUGCCAGCAGGACUGCUGUGUGUCUGUGUGCUGUAAAACCGUCUGCUGCAAACCUAUCUGCUGCAUGCCCGUCUGCUCUGAGGCUUCCUCUUCAUGCUGCCAGCAGUAUAGCUGUGAGCCCUCCUGCUGCACUUCCUCCCCGUGCCAGCAGUACCGCUCCGGGCCUCUUUGCUCUGUGCCCGUCUGCUGCAAGCCCGAGUGCCGUGUGCCCAUCUGCUCUGGGGCCACCCCCUGCCCAUCCCCCUCGUGCUGCCAGCCCAGCCCCUGCCCCUCCUCCUGCUUUAGCUGUGUGUCCAGCCCCUGCUGUCAGGUGGCCUGUGAGUCCAGCCCCUGCCAGUCAGUCUGCACCAGCUCAUGCACACCCUCAUGCUGCCAGCAGUCUGGCUGCGAGCCGGCUUGCUACACCUCCUCCCCCUGCCAGCAGGACUGCUGUGUGCCUGUGUGCUGUAAAACCGUCUGCUGCAAGCCUGUCUGCUGCAAGCCCAUUUGCUCAGAGACUUCGUCCUCAUGCUGCCAGCAGGCCUGCUCCAUGCCUGUCUGCUCUGUGCCUGUCUGCUGCAAGCCUGUGUGCCGCGUGCCCAUCUGCUCUGGGGCCACCCCCUGUCCAGUUCUCUCAUGCUGCCAGCCCAGUCCCCACCCCUCUUCGUGCUGCAGACCCUCCUCCUGCGUGUCCCUCCUCUGCCGCCCCGUGUGCAGGACUGCCUGCUGUGUGCCCGUCCCCUUCCGCUGUGCCCCCGCCUCGUCCUGCCAGCCCAGCUGCUGUCACCCAGCCUCCUGCGUGUCCCUACUCUACCGCCCCGCCUGCUCCCGCCUGGCCUGCUGCAGCCUCUAG